AGGAGAUGAAGGCAUAGUCAAAGACGUAUCUCUGCAUCCUUCUUCUUCCAUUAUCAACUCACUUCCCGGCUCCAAGAAAUCCCCUUACUCGUCUCAUGUUUUUCCCAGCAUGUCGAUCUUCCUUCAAUCCAAACAUGGAGCAAAUUCAGCUCUCCUUGGGGUAAUCUUAUAUUUUCUUCUUAGCUUAUCAUCGCUUGCCCUUUCUGCAGAGUCCCGUUGCAGUGAUGGCUGCGACUUAGCUCUAGCCUCGUACUACGUUCCUCGGGGUUCCACUCUCACCUCCAUUUCCAACCUUUUCGACUCAAAUGAAUCAGAUAUCAUGGCCUACAGCCCAAGAGCAAAUAUUCCAAACAAGGACAACGUUCUUGCAGAGACUAGGAUCAACGUUCCCUUCCCAUGCGAUUGUAUGGAAAACGGCGAGUUUCUUGGUCGUGUUUUCUCGUACCCCGUUAAAUCCGGAGACACGUAUGAUAUCGUUGCGAAGACGUACUACUCCAAUUUAACCACUGUUGACUGGUUGAAGAGGUUUAACAGUUACCCGGAUACUCAAAUUCCGGAUACAGGGGCGACGUUGAACGUGACGGUGAAUUGCUCUUGUGGGAAUAAGGAUGUGUCCAAGGAAUACUCCUUGUUUAUUACCUAUCCCCUGAGGCCUGGGGAGAGCUUGGCGUCGGUGGCAAAUGCGGCUAACGUCAGUCAAGAUUUAGUGGCAAGGUACAAUCCAGGAGUGAAUUUUAAUGCGGGGAGUGGGCUUGUUUAUAUUCCUGGAAGAGAUAAAAAUGGAGUUUUCCCCCCUAUACUGAAAAGCAAAGGUGGCUUCUCAUUGUCCAGCUACAUAUUUGGCUUCUUCAUUGUCAAUUCAUGGACUUAAUUCAAAAAAGUUCCAGAAGACUUUUUACUAUAGCUUAACUUACACAGUUCCUGUAUAUAAUCAGGACUACCGGCUGCAGCUAAAGCUGGAAUAUCCAUAGCCGCAAUCGCAGCAGUAUUUUUAUUGGCAGGUUAUGCUUAUGUAGUGUAUUUGAGAAAAAAAGGAGAGAAAGUUUCAUUGCUGUCAAUGUCUGAAAGUCAAUCACAUUUAACAGGGCUUAAAGAUGGAGAUCCCGCUCGUGCUACUGGUGGAGCUUCUCCAGUCCUUUCAGGCAUAACUGUUGAGAAAUCUGUUGAGUUCUCAUAUGAAGAGCUUUCUAAUGCAACUAAUGACUUCAGUCUUGCAAAUAAGAUUGGCGAAGGUGGCUUUGGUGCUGUCUACUAUGCUGAGCUUAGAGGCGAGAAAACAGCUAUUAAGAAAAUGGAUAUGCGAGCAUCAAAAGAAUUUCUUGCUGAACUGAAGGUUUUGACACAUGUCCAUCACCUGAAUCUGGUUCGCUUAAUAGGGUACUGUGUGGAAGGUUCACUCUUCCUUGUAUAUGAGUAUAUUGAGAACGGCAACUUAAGUGAACAUCUGCGCCGUACAGGUAGGGACCCACUACCAUGGUCAACUAGGGUGCAAAUUGCCCUGGAUUCAGCCAGGGGUCUUGAGUAUAUACAUGAGCAUACAGUUCCAGUAUACAUCCAUCGUGAUGUUAAAUCAGCAAAUAUCUUAAUAGACACAAACUUCCAUGCAAAGGUUGCUGAUUUUGGUUUAACAAAACUGACUGAAGUUGGAGGUUCAUCUUUGUCAACACGUCUAGUUGGUACAUUUGGAUACAUGCCCCCUGAAGCUCAGUAUGGAAAUGUCACCCCUAAAGUUGAUGUCUAUGCAUUUGGAGUUGUUCUUUUUGAGUUGAUUUCUGCCAAGGAUGCUAUAGUUAAGGCACAUGGUUCUGUAGGUGACUCAAAGGGCUUAGUUUCUUUGUUUGAAGAAGUUCUUAGUCGACCAGAGCCAGAUGAAGCCUUCAGCAAACUGGUUGACCCUAGACUUGGGGAGACCUACCCUAUGGAAUCUGCCCGCAAGCUGGCACAGCUUGCCAAAGCUUGCACUCAAGAAGAUCCUCAAAUGAGGCCUAGUAUGAGAUCUGUUGUUGUUGCUCUAAUGACACUCUCGUCCACCACGGAUGAAUGGGAUGUUGGCGCCUUUUAUGGUAACCAAGGAAUGAUAAAUCUAAUGUCUGGAAGGUAGUGAUAUGGUUAUAUCAGCAUUUCGGUCUGUUUAGAAAUUUCUUACACUUGUAUCAUUGCAUUAUUUAUUUAUUACCACAUUCUUAUUUGUACAUAAUACUCUAAUAGUUUUCUGGGUGAAACAACUGUAAGAGUGUGAACAAUGCAAUUGUGGCGUAAUAUUCACUCAAUUUUUAAAAUAGAAGUCAUUUUCUUCCAUGCAAUUGUGGUUGUUGUGAUGUUGAAAAAGACAAAGUUAU